AUGAUGCGACUUUUCGGCGACCCAGAUCUUUCGCAAAAAACGUCGCGUGAAGCAGUCGCAGGGAGCUUCCCGGGAGAGAAGCGUGCUGUGCUGGGCGAUAAGCAGAUCAUCCAAGCGGCUUCGCUGCAGACCGUAGAGCUUGAACGCGCGGAGAACCAGCUGCGCAAGCAGUGGCAACGGGGGAUCUCGGGAGAAAAGGCGGAGAAACGAGCGCGCGGAACCAGCGGCGGAGGGGGAAACCGCCAUGGCAGGACUGGGAGCGGCGGGGACGACGCGGGAGGAUCGGGAGGAGAGGGGAAGGGGAGAAAGACAGGCCGUCCGAUUAACGGCAUGCUGCGGCCUGUUCAGGGCGGCGAUUUCUUGGACGUGGCGCUCCUUGCAGGGCUGGCGACGCGGGCUCGACGGGAGGCAGCCAGGCUACAGGAGGAGAUGACACGUGUCCUCCGUGACGUGGAGAAAGCGCGCGAAGAGAGCGCGCGCAUGGGGGAACGCGCCGCGGCGGCGCUCGAAGACGCGGCGGACGCGAUCGAAGCAGCGGCUAGGGUUGCGAUUCGGAAUGGCGGGAAAAAGGGGCGGUCCGGAGGAGGCGACGCAGGAGGGAAGGGGGGGAAAGGGGGAGCGCGGGCGACGGAAAUGGCAUUAGGCGGCUGGUGGGGGGACGGAGGAGUAAGGCUAAUUAAGGUCAAAGUGCCGGAUCGACACGCGGGGGGUUGCCUGGAUGAAAAGAGCGGCUCGGGAAGAAGUUUGAAGCUGUAUGUUGCGCAAUCCGACGCGGAAGAUGCGGGGGAGGCGGAGUUGGUCGGGGAGGAUGACGUGUCGGACGAUGGUUGGGCCGCGCUUUCGCUUGAUGGCGACUCGGGGAGUGAAGGUAAGGGGGAUAUUUUAGGAACUAAGAGAUUAAAGUCGCGUGUGUUAGGGUUGUAUGGCAUGCGUCCCGGAGAUGGUCGCGGAGGGGCGGCGCGGGACGGCUCGGAUGGUGAGAGGAUGGAGGAGGAAGAGGGGGAGGAGGAGGAGGAAGAGGACGAGGAAGAAGAGGAGGAGGAGGAGGAAGAGGAGGAGGGAGAGGAAGAGGAGGAGGAAGAGGACGAAGAUAGGGAGACGAGGUUCAGAGGCUUUAUCCCGUUAGGGCAUAAUAGGGAGCAGGAGAAACAGCAGCAGCAGCAACAGCAGCAGCAGCAGCAGCAGCAGCAGCAGCAGCAGCAGCAGCAGCAGCACCAGCACGAGCACCACCACCACCAGCAGCAGCAGCCGCCACAGCACGAGCAGCAACAGCAGCAGCAGCCGCCGCCAGUAUUCGCGACAAUCUUCCCGCGCAUUGAAAAGCCCCGUCGCCCCAGCCCCCUAGGCCGCAGCGCUACAGCCGGGAAUUCCUCCGCAGCAGAAGCGGCCCUCUUCGCGGCCGCAGCAGCAGUCACGGGCGCGUCAGGCCACGCUGCUGCUACAACCGCCGCCGCUACAGCCCGCCUGGAAGCUCGAGCAGGAGGAGCAGGAGCAGGAGGAGGAGGAGGAGGAGGAGGAGGAGGAGGAGGAGGAGGAGGAGGAGGAGGAGGAGGAGGAGGAGGAGGAGGAGGAGGAGGAGGAGGAGGAGGAGGAGGAGGAGGAGGAGGAGGAGGAGGAGGAGGAGGAGGAGUUGGAGGGGCAGCAGCAGCAGAAGCAGGGGCGACGUUUCAUGUUCCCACCCCUCCCCCACGCUCCCAGCUGCCAGCCAAUCGGUCCCCUGCCCAACGCCUAGCCGCCUCUGCUCUCGUCCGCCACGCCUCAGUAGACCUCUCAGCCCUGCGGGGCGGAUCCGGGGGAGGCUUUACCUGGGGCAGCGCCAACCCUAGAUUCGCUGUAGACAGACUCAACAUGCUAGGGACGUCCCUAGGUCCCACCUCCCCCGGAUCACCCUCCCCUGGUUCCCCCUCUUCCCGCUCCCAUCACUCCCUCGCGCCGAACCUCCGCCCGCAGGUGCCGUGGCUGCCGGCCACCGACCCUGAGCUGGCGAACCUGCCGGUUCGGAGGUUCGGUUCGGGGAUUCCGGGCCGGGGGGCAGGUUCGGUGACGAUGAGUGAAGCGGAGCUGACAGCGUUUGUGAAGGGGACCCCUCCUAGUGGGCUGGGGAGGACGCUUAGUGGGAUUGUGGGGGUUACCAGUCGCAGUGGUGGUGGUGGGGGUGGGGGUGGUGGUGCUGGCAGUGGUGCUGGCAGUGGUGCUGGUGCUGGUGGUGGGGGUGGUAUAGGUGCCAGUCCACUUGGAGGUGGGGGUGCUGGUGCUGCUGGUGGUGGCGGUGCUGCUGGUGGUACGAAUAUUCACAGCCUAGGGGAAGGGGUGCCUCGUCUCAUGUCGUCCAUUCUUAUGGAGGAAGGCGGGGCUUCUGCUGCUGCUGCUAGGGGCGGCACUCACCUGGGCGGCAGUCCCCUAGGGAUUGCCCGUACUGCAUCACUUUCGCCGCCCAAUUCUGGGGGGAGGGAGGUGGAGGGGGAGGCGGAGGAGGAGGCGGGGGAGGGGGAGGAGGAGGAGGAGGGGGAGCAGCAGGAGGAGCAGGAGGUUCAGGGGGAGGGGCGGGAGGGGCAGGAGGUGGGGGAGGAGGAGGAGGGGGAGGAGGAGCAUGGGCAGGAGGAUGGGAAGGAAUCGUAG